AUGGCUGAGAAGAAUGAUCCUUUCCGGGAUCUGGUUUUCAGCGGGGCACCCUCGGAGUACCGGCUCUUUCGGCGGAAGAUUCUGCUGAACGUGGCAUCGUUAGAAGAGAAGCAUGUGAAGCUAGCUGGGCCGAAGAUCCUCACUCGGUUGACUGGGGAAGCCUGGCGGGCCACGGAGCAUCUUUCGAUAGCAGAGCUGCGCUCAGAAGAUGGUUGGCUCCGGGUUCUGCAGGCCUUGGACGAGCACUACAAGUACCUGCCGGAGACGGAGUUGAAUGAGUGUGUCGACGAGUUCCUCUUCCACCUGAAGAGGCGCUCGGGUGAAGGGCCGACGGCCUUUGUGUCGCGCUUCAAGGCAGUCCUCAGCCGGCUCGAGACGCUGAUCGCUUCGGAGCGUGCCGAGCGAACCGCCAGCAAGAGGAAGCGCGAUUCGCGUGUGCCACAUAGGCAGACGGACGAUGAUGAGAGCCCAAGUUCUGGUGCCGACUCGGAGGAGCCCACCUUGACGAAGGACCGAGUCGAGGCAGCAGCGGCGGCUUCUGGGGAGGAUAAGCAGCCCACGGCGACCGACACCAAGGGCCCGAAGACGGUCGGAAGCUUUGUGGGCGAGAGAUCUCCCAAGCGUGGGCCGCCUUCGUCGGGCGGUUCCCACCAUAGCCGCGGCACCCAGAAGGGUGACGAGGAGCGAGCCCAGCGCCGUAUGCUGGAACGGCUGGGCCGCUUGGAGGUAGGCCACUUGAAGCUGAAGCCGGUCUUUCCGGCGGUGAUCUUGGGCCACCUCUUCAUGAGAAAGUAUGGCUUGUCACGGGAGCAGAGAAGUCAGGUGAUCAGAUCGACCGGCGGCUCCUGCAAAUUUGCCGACAUCGAGAACGUGAUCCGUGCCUCGGACUAUGAAGACCGUCUUGGAGAUGGCGGCCACCGGGGCAACCAGCAACGGGCUGCCAGACCAGGUGGCGCGAUCAUGGCCGCCGACGAGGGCAGCAGCCUGAGUGAGCCUUCUUUUUCUGAUCCGGAGGCCUAUGAGGCCGGAGAGGCGUCGGGCAGUGAUAUGGACGAAGAACUGGAAGAGGCCUUCGAGAUCCACAAGAAGGCCCGCAACGACGCCAAGAAGGCCUUCAGAUCGUACCGCGACAGUCGCAAAAAGGUCAGGGAGAUCAAGAAGGAACGCCAGCCGUAUAUGCCGGUAGUGGCUCUGCCGGCAGGCUCGACACCGGUUCCCGAAGGACUUCCCGUUCAACCGACUUUUCGCUAUGAUCGCAAAGAUGGUCGCCGCGGGGACAAAGACAAAGGCCGCGGACGAGGGGGCAGGAGAAAAGAAGAAGUGAGCCUGGUUCAGACCAGCCUCCUUUCAGAGUUCUCCUACAUGGUUGAGGAUGUAGAAGCUACCUGCACCUAUGAUGAGUGCGAGGUGCUCUCGGCUUCGGUGCCGACCGGCAUGGCGGUGGUCGACACGGGCUGCACGACCUCGGUUGUGGGCCGGGAAACGGCUGAUCGAUACCGCGCCCUGUGGCAGGAGCGUGGUCUUCCUGAGCCUGCUUCAGUUCAGCUGGCUCCUGUCCAGCUGCGGGGCUUCAAUGGGGCCCGAUCGGUUGCCACAGAGGGGCUUCGAUGGACUGUGAGGCUUGGGGCUCUGUGGGGCCAAGUGACCACGUACGUGAUCCCAGGUCAGGCCCCCUUCUUGUUGUCUCGCAAGGUGCUGCAGGGCAUGAAUGCCCACCUGGACUUAGGAGCCUCGACCAUAACUAGCGAGAAGCAUGGCAUGCACCAGCAGCCUCUGUCUCAUGCAGCCAACGGGCACUUGCUGCUCCCCCUGGUUCCAGAUGCAGAGGGCGAGGCGGCCUUCCAGGUGCAAUGCACAGGCCCUGCCGAGGUUCCUCGUCUGAAGCCUACUCCCGAACCUCCACAGAAAGCCCCAGAUAAGACCAGCAAAGUCAGGCUUCCGGCUGCCGAUCUCCGGAAGAAUUUCCAAACCGUGAUGAAGCACACCCGGUAUACGCAGGCUGAUGUGGGUUCUAACAGGUAUCCUUUGAGAAUGUUGUUCGGUUGUGAUGUCGACUUUGCUAUGUGCGCCUACCGGCCUAGAUUUGAGAGGCGAGAAGCUUUUGACCGCCCGGGAGCGUGCAUCUUCGCAUACCGGUACCGAGAGCCGGAACCACAGUGCCCAGUGAGCUGCAGGGGCACGAAGUUUGCGAUUGCUGCGCCCACAGCGCAUCAGCUGAGGUUGCCGAGGAAGUCACCCAGCACCGUCAGCGUGAACGGCCCUUCCUCCGGGUGGAAGUUCUGCCGCGCCGUUUUUGCCGCGUUGUUGCAGCCUGCCUCACCAGUGCAUGACAUAUUUCUUGAAACCGACGAAGAGGCAGACUCAGAGCGUGAGUCCGAGGUAGAAGACGGGGUGCCUGAGGGGGAGCCUCACCGAGCCCGCGUAAGGUCCUUCAAGGCCAUGGUUCAGAAACUCCAUGUGAACACCGGUCACGCCUCGACCCCUCAGAUGCUUAGGCUCGCACAGCGUGCUCGGGCACCUCCCGGCGUCAUCGAGGAAAUUCGAAAGUUUCGCUGUCCGAUCUGCGAGGAGCUUCAAGUGCCACCGUCCCACCGAGUAGCGGCCCUAAAGCACACGGAGACCCCUAAUCACAUAGUGGGUAUAGAUGUUGUUCAGGUCGAGCUUAAGAGGCAGGGGACUAGUGGCGUGGAAGAACGCAAGUUUCAGGUUCUAACGGUGGUAGAUUACGCAACUGACUUUGCACAGCAGAUAGUUUUGCCGCCUGGACCCCGAUCGGUCGGCAGUGCCUUUCACGCGGUGUGGUGCCGGCCUUUUGGCCCACCCCGAGUGAUCUACGUGGAUCCUGACCAGAGAUGGAUGUCAGACGAUUUUCAGAGGUACCUCCGUUGCAAUUCAAUCACCUUACUGGAUAGUGCCACGGAAUCUCACUGGCAACUUGGCCGCGUGGAGGUAGCUCAGAAAAUCCUUCGCAUGAUGGCCCAGCGUGUCUGGCGGACCUCGGAACGAUCCCCAGAGGAGGUCAUUGAGAGCUGCAGCGGUGUCCGGAAUGAACAGCUUAAGCGCCAUGGUUUCUCUAGUGCACAAUGGUUCCUAGGUAGAGAGCCUCGGGUUCCCGGAUCAUUGGCGGACCUCAGUGAACAGCAAAACCCUGCUGUUCAGGAUGCCGUGCAUGCUGAGACCGAUUUUGCACAGAAGAUGCAGAUACGCCAGCAGGCUGCAGAGGCCUUCCUGCAGGCACAUGCGCAUACCACAUGGUCCCGUGCCAUAAAAGGGAGGAACAGGCCGAUUCGAGGUCCGUAUGUCGUAGGUCAAAGUGUCUAUGUGUUCAGGAAACAAGGUAAAGGCCAAUUCUCUACAAGGCACGGGUCCUGGCUCGGCCCGGGGCGCGUCGUGGGCACCGAAAGCUUCCGUGAAGGGAGUCCCGUUCCCAGGGUCAUCUGGGUAGUCGUCAAUGGUUUCAUGUAUAAGUGUUCGCCAGAGUGUCUUCGCCCCCUGGUUGAGGAUGAAGUUGCGUUCAAGCAAAUUGCUCAGGAGUUUCACGCCGGACACCUCCCGGAAGAAUUAGAGCAAGUAACGCCGUCCAGGAGGGGCCCCGCCGGGCGAUACUUUGACUUGAGCCAAGACCUUCCCACUGAUCAAGAUUUCUUGACGCCACCCGCCUCUGACCAAGAGGGCGAGGCGGACCCUCCUGCGGACCGAAAUGUGCGUCGCCGCAUCACUCGAGAUGACGAGUACUGGCAAUCUCGAGCUGCGAGUGCCUCUCCACGAGGGGAACCUCUGGUUCGCUUCCGGGACGAUCCUCCCGAAGGACCUGAACAGCCGGUGCCCAAACUGGCACGUACUUCCGUAGAGCCCGAAGACCUCGCAGACUACUCCCCUUCUUUACCGCCAUCUGAGCCAGCUGAUGAGGCCCGGAUUUCGGAGGAUCUGCCCCCAGUGCCUGACACCCCCCUGGGAUCAGACAUAGAGAUGUUGCCUGAUUCCGACAAUCUGUGCUGCGAAAUUGCCCUUGACAUUUUUGAAACCGAUAUCGUGGAUGAUCCUGGGUCUCUUUGGACAGUCUUAGACGAGUGCGCCGUAGUGGCAGCCCGCCCAGGUCAGAAACGGAGGGUCGAAGUCAGCUUCCGUAAGCUCGGCCCUAAAGACCGCGAACGCUUCAAGGGUGCUAUGAAGAAGGAAUGGCAAAGCUGGCUAGAGAACAAGGUCACAACAAUAGCUAAGUCCAAGGGGAUAGCUAAAAGCCGCAUCAUAGGUUCCCGCUGGGUUUUGACUUGGAAGAAAUCCUCUGAUCCCGAUGACCGCACCCUUACACCCAAGGCCAGGCUAGUGCUUGUGGGGUUUCAAGACCCUGAUCUGGGAAGGAUCGCCACAGACAGUCCGACUCUCCGAAAGGAGAGUAAGCAUAUCAUCCUCAGCAUCUGUGCGAGCAAGGGCUGGGUAAUUUGGGGUGCUGAUAUCAAAACUGCGUUUCUUUCCGGGGACAAUUCCAAUCGUGACCUGUACUUCCGUCCACCCGAUGAAGUGAAGGAAUUCCUCAACUUGAGUGAUGAUGAUGUGCUGCGCCUGGAAAAGGCGGCCUAUGGGCUUGCAGAAGCUCCACGUGCAUGGUUUCUCCGCCUGACUCGGGAGCUGAUUGCUGUAGGCCUUGAAGUUUCUCAGCUUGACCCGUGUGUGUUUAUCCUACGGUGCGUUUCUUCAAAGGCAUUGCUCGGAGUUUGCGGAGUCCAUGUUGACGAUCUGCUCGGUGGGGGGACUUCCCACAUGGACCUUUGCCUGGAGAAGCUUCGUGCUACUUUGCCCUUUGGGGACUUUCGUAAGGGCACUAUCAAGUACACCGGGGCUGAGAUUAGGCAACUGAAGGAUGGCAGCAUCGAAGUGAGUCAAGAGACUUAUAUUGACAAAAUGGAAGAAGUGAGCACGAAGCCCUACGGCAAGGCGUCGAAUCCUCUUCCGGAGCCGACCCUCAUGCGUGCAUGCUGCGGCCAGUUGGCUUGGGUUGCCAAUCACAGUCGUCCUGAGCAGGCGUUUCUGGCUUCUUACUUGCAAGGCACCCAGGAUAAAGCCCAGGUUGCACACCUUGAGCUGUAUAACAAAGCUGUUCGAGAGCUUAAGACCCGCCGUGCCACCCUCAAGUUUCCUGUGGUCCCUCUUGAGCGUUGGCGACUGUUGGCUGUGACCGAUGCUGGCUGGGGCGUCCGUGCCAAUGGCGAGUCCCAAGGUGGACUUGUGCUGUGUCUGUGUGACAAGGAGGUGCUAGAGCGUAGGCCAGGCCCGACUUGGAUCAUUGAGUGGUCUUCAAAGAAACUUCGUCGUGUAGUUAGGAGCUCUACCGCUGCCGAAACCCUCGCUGCUCAGAAUGGCCUAGAUGCAAUCGAGUUUGCGCAAGCGUUCCUGCAAGAAGUCUUGUAUGGCAUGACCCCAAAGGUGUUCCAGCAAUGGGUUCCUGAAAAUAAGUCCGGGCUUGUCAUUGACAGCAAAUCCUUGUAUGACGCCCUCACCCGAUCUGCUUGCAGCAGUGCGCUGGCUAUGGAAAAACGGUUGGCCAUCGACUAUGCCAUAGCCAGAGCGUGCCUGAGUGAGAGAGGAGUCCUCCCGUUCUGGACUAACAACCUACAGAUGGUGGCUGACUGCUUGACCAAGUUGAAGGGCAACAAAGAAGUGAUGUACAAGUUGCUCGACACGUGCUGUUACCAUGUUCGCCCUAGCAAGGAGUCCGGCAGGAAGGAAGCCGCCAAAGGAGAAGCCAAGUUAAUGAUGUGUCGCCGGAAAAACUCCUGGCCCGGUGCCCUGCAAGUGGAGCCCCUUGCUCGUGAUGAACUGGUCCAGUUCGUCUCCCGCGCGGCGGCGAACAACCAGGUGCCCGAGGUGCUCCAGGAGAUAGAGGUGCAACGUCCGGAUAAGAUGAUCCGUCGCGACCAGGACGUGGGAAGCCCUAAGUCUUGGUCCCAUGACGUGGGAAGCCCUGCGAGCAUGGCCUCCGACACUCCGAGCACCCGCGAGUACCUCCUGGUGCAUGGUGUUGACCACAGCAAGCGCAAUGGGCCUCCAAUCCCAACGCCGGUGAACACACCAGCUCGCAACGGCCCUCCGCCUCCAGUGCCGUGUCUGGACCCGCUUCUGGAGACCAUCGUCUUGGACAUGGAGGGCGUGAUCAACCUUCGUGCGCGGCCUCCUCGCAUCGUGCGGGCUAUGACCGAUACAAGCUUCACCUUGCGCACCCCAGCCGGGGAGAACUCCGAGGAGUAUGUCCUUCCGACGGCACAUGUGGGCAAGCUUCCCCGGGGCAUCCCUUCUCUGGCACGAUGGGGUCAGACCUUGCUGAUCCUACCGAAGUACAAGGAGAAGAAGUGGAGCUACCUCCAGCUGCUCCAGUUCGCCUGGAACAAUAAGGAUGCGAUGUCGUACAUCAAGUGGGUGAAGAACACCUACUACCACGAUGCAAAGGACCCGAAGGGUGGCAAGGCUUCCGACCUGGCAGCCUUUGUUCUGGCAUGUGACUAUCCCAUCGAUCGCCGCUACCAGGAGAUCCACAGCUCAGAACGGGUCUUCGUGGACUGA